AUGAGUCCCGGUGUCAAGCGCAUCGAACUCAUCAACUCCCAGCUCGGUUUCUACAGUCGCAUUUGCUUGUUUGCUAGUGUUUGGCUGGUCGCGUACGUUUAUGGCUUGGACGGGACUGUACGGAAUACGUACCAGCCCGUUGCGACGGCGAGUUAUGCGACCCAUAGUCUGUUAUCCACGGUGCAGGUCCUUCGCUCGGUUAUUGCGGCUGCGGCGCAGCCCACUGCUGCGAAAAUCGCGGAUAUGUUCGGUCGUACCGAGCUGAUCUUCUUCUCGGUGUUCUUCUAUACUUUGGGAACCGUUGUUGAGACGGCCUCAAACAACGUCCAGACCUUUUGUGCCGGUGCUGUGCUUUACCAGAUUGGAUAUACGGGGAUCAUGUUCCUGGUGGAGGUUUUGAUUGGAGAUACGACCUCCACGCGUUCUCGUCUUCUGUUCUCCUAUAUCCCUGCGACACCGUUUAUUAUCAACACCUGGAUUGGUGGGAACCUCACAAGCGCCGUGCUCGGGGUGACGACCUGGCGCUGGGGAAUUGGCAUGUUCACGAUUAUCUUUCCGGUCUGCUCAAUCCCGCUCUUCCUGACGUUACUGUACGGCCAUAUAAAAGCGAAGAAGAUCGAGUCAUACCAGGGUCUUCUCCAGAUCCACGGGGCAAAGCGGUUCCUCGUUGAAAUUUUCUGGCGAAUGGACCUGGUCGGCAUCGUCCUGCUGAUCGCCGUGUUUGCACUUAUCCUCGUUCCUUUUACGCUCGCUGGGGGAUACGCCGAGCAGUGGAAGCAAGCGAAGAUUAUUGCGCCGCUGGUUAUUGGUGUUUUCUGCAUCCCGGUGUGGGUUUGGUGGGAACAGACCUGCAAGCAUCCUAUGAUUCCGUUUAGGCUUCUGAAAGACAGAGCAGUUUGGGGAGCUAUUGGAAUCGCGAUCAUGCUUAAUUGCGCCUGGGCUCUGCAAGGUAACUACCUUUACACCGUGCUAGUCGUCUCUUUCAACGAGAGCGUCCUCAGCGCUACUCGGAUUUCGUCUCUUUACAGCUUUUCCUCCGUCAUUGCAGGCUGCAUUCUCGGUGCCAUUGUCAUGAAAGUGCGCCGUCUUAAAGGUUUCAUCGUUGCCGGAACAUGCCUCUUCACUGUUGCAUUUGGUAUCCUGUACCACUUCCGUGGGGGGGAUAGCGGGUCGAGCCACAGUGGUAUCAUCGGUGGUGAAAUUCUCCUCGGUAUUGCUGGUGGAAUGUUCCCCUAUCCCGCACAAGCGAGUAUCCAAACUGCUACCAAACACGAGCAUCUCGCCAUCGUAACGGCCCUCUUCCUCGCGUCGUACAACAUCGGCUCCGCCCUGGGCAGCUCCAUCGCCGGCGCAAUCUGGUCCCAGACGCUUGUCUCAGAAUUAACGAACAACCUCGGCAACGCGACGCUCGCCGCAGAGGUCUACGCGGACCCGUUCACCUUUGCGGAAAACAACCCUGUCGGCACACCGGACCGGGAUGCGGUUGUCCUGGGGUAUAUGCAUACGCAGAGGAUUCUGUGCAUUGCGGGUAUCUGCUUGACGGUGCCGCUUAUUGCGUUCUCGUUGUGUAUUAGGGAUCCGAAGUUGACCAAGGAGCAGAGUUUGAAGAAGGCGGAGGAGAGUGAUAGUGAGUAA